GUUUUCUAACCUCUUCUCUUUUUGGAAUACCCGACCCAGCGGUGCUCGGAGCAAUGCCUUGGAGCCGUUGCUUGGCGCCGGUGCUGCCGUCACUGAGCCGAAGAAGUCGUUGCGAGGAGCCCUCCGACUCCGAGCCACCGACUCAGCGACCCCCACGGGUGGUGGUGGUGGGCGCAGGGCUCACCGGAUGCCUCACAGCAGCACUGCUGAGGCGAUCGCUCCCCCAGCUGGAACUACAGGUGUGGGAAAGGGCAACAUAUCCUUCAGGUCGCUUUGGUGCCGGUUUGGCAUUUGAGGGUCACUGGCUAGACCUGGGCGCACAGGUCUUGUCACUGAUAGAGGUGGAUUCAGGCCAUCCAAAUGCUGGGGCAGAUGGACACAACUUGCAGAGCUCUGACCUUUGUAGUGCGUGGGAAGAAGUUCAGAAGAUGGUGUCGCAAAGCUUCCUACAUCGAGUGCCUGAUGACAUGCUCGCAGCCACGGAGGAGCGGAUGAAGUACACAGGUUUGUGGGCUCAUUUCUGGUGCCACCAGGGCUUUGGGGCUUUGCAGCGGCGCUACCUAGCAGAAGCUCGUGCCGAGCUGCGUCAUGGCCGUGUGGAUGCGGUCGCUGAUGGAACGUUGGUGAUUACCAAGAGACCCAGUGGACAAGUCUUGCGGGAGGAGGCGGACUUGGUGAUCCUAGCGGUGCCCGCGCCCGAGGUCCUGCGCGUGACCGGACCGGGGCGGUGGCCGGCGGUGGCUGCGGCGUUGGAGCGGAUCCGCUAUGACCGGCGCAGCGCGGUGGGCGUGGCCUUGGACCACGCACUGCUCCUGCCAGUGGCUGAUGCCUUUGCUGGCGCAGCUGAGAUGUCCUUGGAUCUUCCUCAAUAUGUGGAAGCAGAUGACAAAGUACAUUUGAUUGCCUGGCAAAACGUGAAACGCAUGGAAUGCCAUGGCGUGUCCAGUACCUCGAUUCCGCAUGGAGAUCCCAUUCUUUUGGUGGUGCACUCCACCACCAGCGAACCCAAUUUCCACCUGAGCGACGCAUUGAAGGCAGUGAGCCAAGUCUUGGGUGUGCCAUCGUCGUUGGUGGAGGGCCUUGUUCUGAAAUCCAAAAUGGUCGAUUGGACCUCCUGUCAGAUGGUACAGCCCUUGGAAAGCAUCCCCACAAAUCUCCGGGUGGAGGAGCCAUGUUUACAGCAUGGCCGCGUCAUUGUGGCAGGAGACUUUUGGUCUCAAAGUAGCUUCUUAGGCUGUUUUUGUUCGGCCAAAGCUGCCGUGCGUUGUGCUGUAACAAAUCUGGAGGCAAAAGUGCUCCGAUGGAAUUUAGCACUUGCCACUGCAGCCAAGUCAGCCAAGUGGAAGAGAGCCCUGUCCUUGAUGCAAGGGCUGAGAACAGAAGCUUUGCAGCCAGACGUGGUCACUUUCAAUACCCUUCUUCGUGCUUGCACACGUGCGAGUCGAUGGAAGCUUGGUUUGUUCAUGCUAGAUUCUAUGAGAGAGCAAGAGCUGAAAGCAGACGCAGUGACUUUCACGUCUCUGUUGGGCUUUCAAAAAGAUGCCGCCGCCUGGAUUCGCGCUGUGGCCAUCCUGCAUGCCAUGCAACUGGCACUGCUUCAACCUGAUGGGCAUGCUUUGAAUGCAGUCUUGGCAGAAUGCAUGGCAGCAGGCCAUUGGACCUUGGGCUUGAUCCUUUUGAAGCAGGUUCAGUCUGCUCAGUUGGCUUCGAGGAAACCAGAUAAGCAACAUGCUGUGGCUCUAAGUACUGUGAUGGCCGGAGCUGUGAGAGCAGGGCGUUGGGACGUUGCUUUGUCUCUUUUUGGAGCCUGCGAAGCUCUGGAUCGUGUCGAUGGUGUCCUUUUGUCUACGUGCAUGCGAGUUUGCCGCGCUGGACAUUUCUGGCAGUUGGGCUUGUUGUUGCUUCCUAGAGCCCAAGAUCCUGAUGCCGCAGUGUAUAAUGCCGCUAUUAGCAUGUGUGCAGAUGCAGGUCAAUGGCAGACGGCCUUGGGUCUGUUCGGAGAAGCUCAUCGCAACCAGCGCACGGACACCACGAGUUGCAACGCCGCCAUCACCGCCUGUGAUCGGGGCCGGGCUUGGCCACACGCGCUCUACACUUUUCACUUGGCUGUUGGGCUUCGAGAUUACAUCAGCUAUUGCGCCAUCUUCAGUGCUUGCCGGGGACAGUGGCCCCUGACUCUAGCUUUGCUGCGGAUGGCAGCCAGCGAGCAGAUUCAACCAGGCGAACGAGCCUGGAGCGCUUUGCUCACCUCCUGCAACUCACAAUGGGAGUUGGGCUUAGUGCUUGCCGAUGAAGGAGCGCAAGCAGAGUAUAGAUGA